AGCCGCGGGGGCGCCAGUGCCGCGAGUCGAGCGGGAGCAGAAGAGGCGAGGGAGGAGGGCCAGAGAGGCAGUUGGAAGAUGGCGGACGAGGCGGCGCUCGCCCUUCAGCCCGGCGGCUCCUCCUCGGCGGUGGCGGCCGAGAAGGAGGCCGCGUCGCCUCCCGCUGGAGAGCCGCUUCGAAAGAGGCCGCGGAGAGACGGCUCCGGCUCCGGGCAGAACCCGGGCGAGCCCAGUGGGGCGGCCCCCGAGCGUGAGGUGCCGGCAGCGGCCGGAGGGUGUCCGGCCGCCGCGGCGGCGGCGCUGUGGCGGGAGGCGGCGGCUGGCGGGGAGCGGGAGGCGGCGGCGGCCGGAGGAGACAAUGGGCCGGGCCUACAGGGCCUAUCCCGGGAGCCGCCGCCGGCCGACGACUUCGACGACGACGACGACGAGGGCGAGGAGGAGGAAGAGGCGGCUGCGACUGUGGCGAUUGGGUACCGAGACAACCUUCUGUUUGGUGAUGAAAUAAUCACCAAUGGUUUUCAUUCCUGUGAAAGUGAUGAAGAUGAUAGAGCCUCACAUGCAAGCUCUAGUGACUGGACUCCAAGGCCACGCAUAGGUCCAUAUACCUUUGUUCAGCAACAUCUCAUGAUUGGCACAGAUCCUCGAACAAUUCUUAAGGAUUUACUACCAGAAACAAUUCCUCCACCUGAAUUAGAUGAUAUGACACUGUGGCAGAUUGUUAUUAAUAUCCUUUCAGAACCACCAAAAAGGAAAAAAAGGAAAGAUGUUAAUACAAUUGAAGAUGCUGUAAAAUUACUACAAGAAUGCAAAAAAAUAAUAGUUCUGACUGGAGCUGGGGUCUCUGUUUCUUGUGGAAUACCUGACUUCAGGUCAAGAGAUGGUAUUUAUGCUCGCCUUGCUGUAGACUUUCCAGACCUUCCAGAUCCUCAAGCAAUGUUUGAUAUUGAAUAUUUCAGAAAAGAUCCAAGACCAUUCUUCAAGUUUGCAAAGGAAAUAUAUCCUGGACAGUUCCAACCAUCUCUCUGUCACAAAUUUAUCGCCUUGUCUGACAAGGAAGGAAAACUACUUCGCAACUAUACUCAAAACAUAGAUACACUGGAACAGGUAGCAGGAAUCCAAAGGAUAAUUCAAUGUCACGGUUCCUUUGCAACAGCAUCUUGCCUGAUUUGUAAAUACAAAGUUGACUGUGAAGCUGUAAGAGGAGAUAUUUUUAAUCAGGUGGUUCCUCGAUGUCCUAGGUGCCCAGCCGACGAACCACUUGCUAUCAUGAAACCAGAGAUUGUCUUUUUUGGUGAAAAUUUACCAGAGCAGUUUCAUAGAGCCAUGAAAUAUGACAAAGAUGAAGUUGAUCUCCUCAUUGUUAUUGGGUCUUCCCUGAAAGUAAGACCAGUAGCACUAAUUCCAAGUUCCAUACCCCAUGAAGUGCCUCAGAUAUUAAUUAAUAGGGAACCUUUGCCUCAUCUGCAUUUUGAUGUAGAGCUUCUUGGAGACUGUGAUGUCAUAAUUAAUGAAUUGUGUCAUCGGUUAGGUGGUGAAUAUGCCAAACUUUGCUGCAAUCCUAUUAAGCUUUCAGAAAUUACUGAAAAGCCUCCACGAACACAAAAAGAGUUGGCUCAUUUGUCAGAGUUGCCACCUACACCUCUUAAUAUUUCCGAAGAUUCAAGUUCACCAGAAAGAACUUCACCACCAGAUUCUUCAGUGAUUGUCACACUUUUAGACCAAGCAACGAAAAGUAAUGUUUGUGAUUCAAAUGUAUCUGAGUCAAAAGAUUGUAUGGAAGGAAAAUCACAGGAAGUACAAACUUCUAGGAGUACUGAAAAUGUUAGUGAACAGUUGGAAAGUCCAGAUUUGAAGAGUAUUGACACCAAUAUUGGGGAGAAAAAUGAAAGAACUGUUGCUGAAACAGUGAGAAAAUGCUGGCCUGCUAGACUGGCAAAGGAGCAGAUCAGUAAAAGGCUUGACGGUAACCAAUAUCUGUUUUUACCACCAAAUCGUUACAUUUUCCAUGGUGCUGAGGUAUAUUCAGACUCUGAAGAUGACGUCUUAUCGUCUAGUUCUUGUGGCAGUAACAGUGAUAGUGGAACAUGCCAGAGUCCAAGUUUAGAAGAACCUAUGGAGGAUGAAAGUGAGACUGAAGAAUUUUACAAUGGUUUGGAAGAUGAUGCUGAUGUUAAUGAGAGAGCUGGAGUAACUGGAUUUGGAGCUGAUGGAGGUGAUCAAGAGGCAGUCAAUGAAGCUGUGUCUAUGAAACAGGAACCAACAGAUGUUAACUAUCCAUCAAACAAAUCAUAAUGUAAUUGUCCAGGUACAGGAAUUUUCCCACCAGCAUUAGGACCUUUAGCAUGUCAGAAUGAAUGUUUACUUGUGAACUCAAUAGAGCAAGGAAACCAGAAAGGUGUAAUAUUUAUAGACUGGUGAAAUUAGAUUGUUUUCAUGGGUAAUUUUUAACUUACUUAUUUCUGUACUUGUAUGCAACACUAACUUUUUUUUUUAAGAAAGGUACUAAGUAUCUUUAAUCAGCUGUUGGUCAAGACUUUCUUUUAAAAGUUCAUUUGUAUAAUACAUUCAUAUGUAUAUAUAAUUUUGCCUAGUGAGUUUCAACAUUUUAAAGUUUUCAAAAAGCCAUUGGAAUGUUAAAUUAAUGUAAAGGGAACAGCUUAUCUAGACCAAAGAAUGGUAUUUCUCACACUUUUCUUUGUAACAUUGAAUGGUUUAGAAUCCUCAAAACUGUUCUGCUAAGCUUCUGAUUAUUUAGCACAAUUACCUAUUUUUAAACACUGGCAUUUCCCAAAACUUGUGGCAGCUAACUUUUUAAAAAUCUCAUGACAUGCUAUGUGUGUAGAAGGAAGUCAACAAUAGGGAAGAAAGGAGAGCACUCAAUUGUCUUUGCUUUGUAAAGUAAGACCUGGUGCUAAGAGUUUCAGGAAUAUUGUAUUGUUCAAAUGAAGAUGGCUUUUGUACUUCCCUGUGGACAUGCAGUAAUGUCUAUAUUGGCUCAUAAAACUAAUCUGAAAAACAAAUGCUUUGGAAAUGUUUUAAUUGCUUUAGAAACAACAGUGCCUGCCUGGGUACCCUUAGUUUUGAGAAUAAUUGCCAUUGUCAUUUAAAUACCUAUCACUGUGGUAGAGCCUGCAUCAAUCCUUUCCUACACAUAUUAAACUGCCAAGAUGUGAAUAUGCAAAAGCCUUUAUGAAUUUAUAAUAAUGGUACUGGGGAGAAUGUAAUAUUUUGGACUGUUGCUUUUUUGUUUUCCACUAACAAGGAUAGCAACAGCCCCCUUAUUAUGGUUCCAAAGUAAUAUGUUAAUUAUAACUAAGUACAGGAGGAUCUGGUAUAAUAAUACCAAACUUAAUAGCAUAGUAUUGUGGAGAUGAAUAUGAUGUAAACUUGUAAUAGCAGAAUAGUUAAUGAGACUAGUUCCUAUAACAUGUCUUUAUUUAAAAGCUUAGCCUGCCUUAAAGCUAGAAUUCAACUUUCUCAGCUGCAGAAGCUUCUAGUCUUUCAAAAGUUCAUACUUUAUAAAAUUGCACAAUAAGCAUUUAUCUUCUGACCUUUUCCCAAUAUUACUACCAAAUUAGAGAGCAUCCCUAUGUUGCUUUAGUAUUUAUUACAGUUUGUAAGAGGUUUGAAUUACAGCUGUUCUUUAAACAUAAGAUAGCAAGCUUAGGACCAUUAUUGCCAGAGAAAAAAACUUUAUUGGCUAUUUCCCUACCUAAAAGAUGUUGCCAUUUGACUUUAUUUGGCUACCCUAAAGAAUGCAGUAUAUUUAGCUUUCCAUUUGCAUGAUGUGUGUUUGUGCUAUAGAUAAUAUUUUAAAUUGAAAAAUUUGUUUUAAAUUAUUUUUACAGUGGAGACUGUUUUCAGCUCUUUUUAUAUUGUACAUAGUCUUUUAUGUAAUCUACUGGCAUAUGUUUUGUAGACUGUUUAAUGACUGGAUAUCUUCCAACUUUUGAAAUACAAAACCAGUGUUUUAUACUUGUACACUGUUUCAAAGUCUAUUAAAAUGUCAUUUGACUUUUUUCUGUUAA